AUGUCGGAUCAAGCCUGCGAUAUGUUGUUACAUCAUUGGUCGUCCACUAAAAACUUAAACAAAAUUCUUGUCGUUUACGGACUUGAGCAUUUGCCAAUCAACUGCGACAUGGUUUUCAACUUGUUUUGUCUGUAUGGAAAUGUGAUGAAAGUUAAGAUAUUAAAAAAUAAAAUGGUUUUGGUGGAGAUGCAAUCAUUUGAGUCCGCCAGUCAGUGUAAAGAUUAUCUACACAAACUGUCAUUAGGUCAAGACAGGAAGAUCGAAGUCAAAUAUUCAAAACAUUAUGCUAUUCACAACGAAGCCGUAAGUAAUAAACUGUUGGACGGCACUUAUGCCCAUAAAAUAUAUUCCACGAGUAAAUUAAACAGAUUUUUCAAAACGUCAUACAUAACCGAGAGACGACCGACGGCUCCGUCAAAAAUUUUACAUUUUUUUAAUGCGCCGACCGAUAUCACCGGAUUGGACGUACAUCAAGCAAUAUCCAGUUACCUCGAAAGCACCGAGCCGAUAAUUUCAAUUACCAUUUUACCUAAAACUCAGAAAGCCAAAUGUUCUACAGGACUAAUCGAGUUUAAUGACAUCAGCCAUGCAGUAAAGGCCGUCUUAAAAACAAACCAUUUGCUUAUUAAAUCAUCAAAGUCCAAAUACCCUUUUCUGAUGAAAUUGUGUUUUUCAAACUAUUACGAUAUCAGUCAAAUAACCAAUAAUGCUUCGUCGAAUGACGAAUCUCCGCUGCUGCAGUGCCGGUCGAAGCGUUUUACGCCCUGGAUGUUGCACAAUUCCGAACAAGCGACAGCCACGACGAUGUUUACAAUAUCUUGGUUCAAAGUGGUUGGCAACGACAACAGCUCGUGGACGUUGCGACAGGUGAUCGAGUCCGAUUACAAACAGACGUUGAAAGAAAACGAACUAAGUGCUAGAAGCAACAUUGUCAACUUAUUAAAGGCCACAUUCAUGAAACCCAACGACUUGCACGAUAACAAUGACGACAAAGGCGACAACGUCGACGACCACGUGGAACACAGCGACGUCAGUAGUAUUGGCCCGCUGGGGGACGCUGGGGAAUGUUAUUUUUGUUAA